AUGGCUCAGAUCAAAAUAAAGAAGAGAGAGUCAUCCGCACUUUAUGCAGCACUCAAGAGGACUUGGUUCGCAUUUUGUGCCUCAAGUAGUAUACAUGGCUUGAAGUAUACACAAGACAGAGAUACAAGCAAAUUCGUGCGUUUCAUCUGGAUGCUCAUUACGCUGAUUAUGUUUAUCUGUGCAAUAUUAAUGGUCUAUACAUUUUAUGUAAGUUACCGCAGCAAUCCCAUCCGUAUGAAUAUUGAAAAUGAUCAUGCCCCGGUUGAUAGUCUUAUUUUUCCCGCCAUAACUAUAUGUACGGAGACACUCUACAACAUACAAAAGGCAAAAAAUUACAUAGCAACGCUCAAGCUUCCAACCGAUACAAAUACAAGCCAGAUAAUGGCAACUUUGGCAACAUAUUUCGGCUUUAUCACCGAUGACUAUACUUACAGCACGGAAAAUAUUGAAUUGCUACAGAAUCUGAUCGAUAUUAAUAAUAUAAGCACAUUGACAUUCAUGCAAAAUCUACAGUGGAAUUGUUCAGAUAUAUUUUUUCGCUGCCGUUUUAUGUGGCGAAUUAUGGAUUGCAGGAAACUUAUAGAAGUGUCGCGCACAUAUUACGGCUACUGCUGUUCCUUCAACCUCAAUCAGCCGGGUUUAAUUAUUUUAUCUAUUAUCAGUUUGAACUACACUGGGAAGACUGCACGCGGAGGUCUCUUCGAUGGUCUCUCACUGAUACUGUAUUACAAUGACGCGGAUUAUGGCGAGUUGGGUCUCUACUCGGAUGGUUUUAAAGUAUUACUCUCGGAGAAUGAUGCUUUCCCCAGUGCGCACUCUAUCACCAAAUUUACACCACUUAAGCAGGAGACUUUCCUUAGUAUACAACCCAUUGAGACGUACUGCUCGCCCGCGGUUAAAGCGCUGUCGAUAGACCAGCGCCAAUGUGUGCUGCCGCAUGAAUUUCCACUCAAGCAUUUCAAGAGACAUGUGGGUACUAAUUGUAUUCUUGAAUGUCGUGUGCAAACUACGCUCAAAUUAUGCGGUUGCAUAACGUAUUUCUUUUACACGAAUGAGACCCAGGAGCGCGUCUGCUCCAUUAAGGAUAUACCCUGUCUACUGGCGAAUUUCAGUAUUCUACUCUUUAUAGCCAGAAUAGUGGGACGUUAUCGGAAAGAUCAAUGUUUUUGCCGGAAUCCGUGCGAAUCAGUUGAGUUUUUCGUGGAUUUGACGAGUGCCGAAUUGCAGAUUGAUAUACCGACUGUGGAUGAGUUUUAUAACGGUGUACAAGAUAAUCAUUCCGUCAUUCAUAUAUACUUUAACAAUCAAGUAUAUUUACGUGUACGCCGUGAUCUACUAUCAAAUAUGGUGACUCUAGUUUCUAACUUGGGCAGCGCUUUCAGUCUCUUUGUUGGUAUCAGUAUGGUUUCGAUUGUAGAAAUUAUCUACUAUCUAACAGUUGUGUUGAGAAAGUAUUAUUUGCAAGAGGUUAAAGCACGUGAGAAGCUUCGGCGUUAGAGUGGCUACAUUUCAACAAAGCUUGAAUUAUGCACGAAACAAAA